ACAGCAGCACUUUCUAUGUUUCAAAGUCGACUGGAGCCUUUGAUUCCUCAAGUCAGCGCUGAUAUUUCAAUUAUCUGUGUCUAUCAGGGCUGCCUUUGACUGACUUAAAGUCUGAAUCCUGCAGGAAACUGAGCUGCUCUUGGCAGCUCCAAAACCAUGGCAGAGUGCACACCGGACACAAACCCAGCCGCAAAGGUGAUCCAGAAUGCAGACAAGGCUGACUGUAAGGACACAUGUGGAGUUUCAGCUGAGUCUGCAGCUGUUGCAGCGGUCAAAGUCAGACCUUCAGACCUGGGGCUGAUUCGAAGCAUGUCCAAGUCGGACUCUGACUUGUUGGCGUCACCGCUCGGGGAGGAGGAUGGAGGAGGUCUAGCCGGCCGCAGUGGGUCCGUGUCUAACUGCAGCUCUGGGCAGCCGUCCAUGCAGCGCAUGCCUUCUUUUGCCUCCGAGUGGGAUGAGAUUGAGAAGAUCAUGAACUUGAUUGGAGCAGGCAUUGAAACGUCCAAAAAGAAACAGCCCACACCAAGUUCAGAUGGGGCCUGUGGUAAAGCCCUGGACCAGCCGGUCGGAGAGUGGCUGGAGCACGUGGGGCUGCCGCAGUACGAGAGCAAGUUCCUGCUCAAUGGCUUCGACGACCUACGAUUCAUGGGAAGUAACGUGAUGGAGGACCAGGAUCUCAGAGACAUGGGGAUCACCGACCCAGGACACAGAAAGAAAAUCCUUCAUGCGGCACGCAGCUUGCCCAAGGUAAAAGCACUGGGCUGUGAUGGCAGCACAUCUCUUGCCUCGUGGCUAGAUGGUCUGGGUCUGCAUGAAUAUCUGCCCAACUUUCUCUCAAGUGGCUACCGCACACUGGAGUGUGUGAAGAACCUGUGGGAGCUGGAGAUUGUCAAUGUUAUUAAGGUUGGUCCCCUGGGCCACAGAAAGAGGAUCAUUGCUUCUUUAGCAGAGAGACCGUAUGAAGAGGCUCCUUCUAAGUCCCGUCGUUUGUCUCCAAUCUUGUUUCAUGACCUCCUGUCCCAGACCACAUCCCCCCUCAGUCAGAUGGACCCCUACACCAGUCGCUCCAUGGACAUGCUCCUGCCCUUGACUGAGACAGACCGGAGGCGGAGAGGAGUCGACCAAGACUGUAGUGUUUCUCUGCGCUCAUAUUGCGAGAGGCCGCGCUCUGUAGACAGACAGAGUGAACGACAUAAAGACUCUCGUUUAAACCUCCGGCCGCCGAGCCAGUCUGCUACCUACGCCACCGUAUCCGCCUGGCAUCACCAGCCUGAGAAACUCAUCCUGGAAUCCUGCGGAUACGAGGCAACUUACCUAGGAUCAAUGAUAAUCAGGGAUCUUCGAGGUAUUGAAUCCACACAAGAUGCCUGUGCCAAAAUUAGGAAAUCAAAGGAUUCCAGAAAGGGUCCAGUAGUCAUACUAUCCAUUACCUAUAGAGGGGUCAAGUUCAUUGAUGCAGCCACAAAGACCAUAGUUGCGGAGCACGAGAUCAGGAACAUCUCAUGUGCCGCUCAGGACCCAGAUGACCUCUGCACUUUUGCUUAUAUUACCAAGGAUCUGAAGAGUGGCCACCACUUCUGCCAUGUCUUCAGCACUGUGGAAGUGACACAGACCUACGAGAUCAUCCUCACACUGGGGCAGGCAUUUGAAGUGGCCUAUCAGAUGGCAAUGCAGACCAGGGCGAGACAAUAUGUCCCUCCUACGUCUCUGAGCCCAGAGGUCAUAGAAACCAAAACCAGCCGUCCUGUUUCUCAGUCCUGGAAUAGUAUGCGGAGAUCAGCAGGUGCCCCUCUGCUCGAAUGCCGCUGCUGUCACUGUCACACGUGUACUACCCACCGUCCUUCCUUCCUCCCGUUGCACUCUGUUAGCCCUGGAGUCCAGCUCACCCCAGCGUUCAAGUUUCCGGAUACCAAGCUGUGAGUUGAAGGGGAGCAGCCGAUGCGAAGUGUGUUUAGCGUGUGUUCAGUUAGCGGGCAGAGCAGUGGAAAAGAGAAUAAAAGGGAGAGGAAAAUGAGAGGUAAGCCUUAUGCAACAUGCAGGGCCAAAACCAGCGCUACUAUGACAUUUUAGAUCUCACUCUGUAUAUCCCCUUUGGUCCUCCACUGCCCCCUGAUACGACUCCAAACACACAGACAAACGGUAAACCUGUUGUCUGGCUAAGCAGGACCUGUGUAUCACUCCUGUCUUUAGAGAGGCCAGUCGGAAAGGCUCAGUCUAUUUCCUGGCUUCUUAAGUGACUUUCUGAUCUUGUCAUGUAGGUACUGUAAUGUUUAGAGCACUGUAGACCAUUUAUGAUAUAGACCAUUACUGAGCAUUUCUAUUGAUUCAGGUCUAUUGGAGAUAGAAACUGGGAAUUAUUAAGGGAAAUGAAAUGUCGAGGGGGAAAAAAAAAAAGAAACUGUACCAGCAUACAAUGCUCUGCCCAUGUUUGUGGACAGAGUGUGGUUUGUCAAAGAAAAUGUGAUACUGUUUCAAAUUUCAAAGCAAUAUUAUAUUAAUGAAAUUAAAUAAUACAAUGACAAAAGAAUCCCCUCUCCAGUCUGUUGUCAACUUUGAGUUUUUUGUUUUUUUUUAUCAUCGAGUAAACAAACACAGAGAGAAACUUUACACCAGCUGUUCAGAUUUUAAAGUGACAAAUUCAACACCAGGCUAAUUACUGUACAAUUACACGUUCAGUGUUUUCCCUGCUAUGGAGAUUAGUGGGUGGUUCAACUUCUAAUCUCAACAAACGCCCUGGUUUGUGAUUAUCGUGUUCUAUUAAAUUCAAGUCACAGAGCUAAGCAUCCCAUUUUCUUAAGUGCCUGCUGAUCACAAUCCUAUAAAAGUCCUCUGUCAUUUUGAUGCUAAAUACUUGGUGUGCUGCAUGAUUAAAAAAAGAUUUACAGCUCAUUUCCCGAGAUCUGACUCCUCCGAACAAAUCCCAACAUGAAGCAGGAAUCCACAUAAUCUGUGCUUGAAUUGCAAAACAUUUUAUCAUUUGUUUAUAAUAAUGUUGCCUUUAAUUAUUCUACACUGCACAAUAACACUAGAUAUAAAAUUGAAUGCUGCAGUAGACUGAAUAUGUUCUUAUUCGUACUUGGUUGGAGGAGUCAUUGACGAUUCAGAAAAUCUUUAAAUCAGAGGGGAGUGUUGCUGCAAGACCUGAUUGGUUUCAAAAGAUUGCAAGGCAUUAAUCUGAGACAAUCUCUGAGACAAUGCUUAACCCUGUGACUCCUGCAGGUUUCCUCAUCCCUCUGCUGUGAGAUGUAGCAAAGUCAAAGGACAACAGCGAUUGGCUCAAAAGUUUUAGCACAUUUUAGUUUGCGUACCACGAUUGGAAUUACACAACACUUUAUCAUGACUAGUAUCUCAGUUAUCCACUCGUAUGUAUUCAUGUCCUUAAAGCAACACUAUAUCACUUUUCCACCUUAAAACAAAAGUUUCAAAGUCGAUCUAAUAGAACAAUAAACUUUCGACUUUUAGGAUGGCUUCUGAUGUGUCCACUGAGCGCCCUGGUCACCUGCACGAUGUAACCCACUGAUAAUGGGAAAGUGACAAUCCUGCAGAUUUUAUUUAUAACACAUAGCGCCAUAACGUUAGGCUGUAACGUUAUCUGUGUCAUCGUUGCCUCGAGUUUAGCAGCUGAACCGGGUGCAGAAACUCAUCUAACCCAAGUUGCGUCUCAUGCAAAAAAAAAAAGUUGUGUGUCGAUCUUAAAGUUUGGAACCGUACAAACCUAUCUCAACUCGCAUUAUAAGUUAGCCUCCCCAAUGUAGCCGUCUAGCCACAGCCUGUAGACAUCGAGGUAACAGCUGAAUACACCUGCAAACAGUUUGCAAACAACAGAAUGAUAACACUAGAAAAGUCAGAUUUGCACAAAAUCUGGUUAUUUUACUGUAUCUAGUCAGUCAACAUGCUUCUUUGGCUUCUCACGCCACCCAACAAACACAUGCUGUCUAUGAAGAGGUGGAGUAACAGCUUCCUUUGUGUUUCACAAUGGUGCAGUUGCACUCUGAGACCUUUGGAGGGCGCCAAAACUAAGCACACCAAACUGAAUCCCUACAUAAUGUUGCUUUAAGAUACAGAAAUACGAUAGAUCACUGAUGAAAAAAGAAAGUUUUAUAAUUUAUCAUAGUGAACAUUUUUUCUGCCCAAGUUGUUCCAAGUUACAUCAUCUGUCUUUUUCUCUGCAAUGUUUACCGUUCUUAUCAAUUUGUUGAAUUUGAUUAAAAUGGAUAUAAACCUCAUGUCCUCUUUGUUG